GGGAACAGCCCAUCUGAGAGACCAUGAACUUCUCGGACAUACCACAGACUCCCAAUGGCACCCUUGAGUCUCCAACACCUGUCCCCGAAAGUGGUCACCCUCUCUGGGAGGUGGUGCUGAUUGUCUCAUUGAGCGGGAUCUUCUCCCUGAUCACCGUCGUGGGGAACCUUCUGGUGAUGGUGGCCUUCAAGGUCAACCGCAAGCUGAGGACGGUCAACAAUUACUUCCUCCUCAGCUUAGCAGGGGCCGACUUGAUCAUCGGUGCCAUCUCCAUGAACUUCUACACCACCUACAUCGUCAUGGGGCGAUGGGCAAUGGGCGACUUGGCCUGCGACUUGUGGCUGUGCCUGGACUACGUGGCCAGCAAUGCGUCCGUCAUGAACCUCCUGAUCAUCAGCUUUGACCGUUACUUCUCCAUUACCCGUCCCCUCACGUACCGGGCCAAGCGGACCCCCAAAAGAGCAGCUAUCGUGAUAGGCCUGGCUUGGCUGGUUUCUUUCGUCAUGUGGGCUCCGGCCAUCUUGUUCUGGCAGAAUUUUGUCGGGGAGCGGACAGUUCCUGAAGGCUUGUGCCAAAUCCAGUUCUUCUCCGAGCCCAUCAUCACAUUCGGAACAGCCAUUGCUGCUUUCUACCUCCCUGUGACCAUAAUGGCAAUCCUUUACUGGAAGAUCUAUCAAGAGACGCAGAAGAGAGCCAAGGACCUCUCCGGACUGCAGGGUCUGGGGCUCAGGACGAAUCCACAGGCGGGUCUCCCUGCAAAUAGCAGCCGCGCAGAGGGGAAGAGCAAUUCGGAGCCAAGUCAGCCUCUUGCCUUGCUUGCAAAUGGAGUUAUGUCUUCCCAGCAAACCUGCUGCUUCGUUGGACAGAUGGCCACGGGUACUUCCUUGGACCAGAGCAGCAACAGCAGCUGGAACACAACCGAGGAGGAGGAAGGGGGGAACAUCUCCGCUGACUCCUUGACCUCCUUGGAGGACAAGGAGCAAGCCUUCGACGUUCGCCCUAUUUGCCCAGCAGUAAUCCGCCUGACAGAUGUUGUUGCGCACCCGUCACGGCGUGCACAGUGCCGCGAUGUCGGAGUGAGGGCAGGGAGGGGCUGGGCAGAAGGCAAAGGGGCGGUGGGGAUUCCAAAGCGAGCCCUGGCCAGGGACAAGAGGCUCAAGGGGGCAACAGGGUCCCUGUUGACAAAGUGGUGCCGGACAAAAGCUAUGAGACGCGUCUCAAAGAGGAAGAAAAGAAGGAACCCUUUUUCCAAGGGGAAAACCUUCUCGUGGGCGAAGGAGAGGAAGGCCGCGCGGACCCUCAGCGCCAUCCUCCUGGCGUUUAUCGUCACCUGGACGCCCUACAAUAUCAUGGUGCUGGUGUCCACCUUCUGCACGAGCUGCAUCCCCGAGGGGCUCUGGAGGCUUGGCUACUGGCUCUGCUACGUGAACAGCACCGUCAACCCGAUGUGCUACGCCUUGUGCAACCGGUCCUUCCGCAUCACCUUCCGGCGGCUGCUGCAGUGUUGGUGGCAGCAGAGGCAGUAGCGGUGGCCGAAGAACGCGGCAGACCACGU